CACGUCAUUGCUUAGUUGUGUGCUCCUGUCUCCGACGCCUUCGUAGAAGUUCAUCGUCCGGUUCGCGUCUCCUCUCGACUCUUCCAUUAGAGCCAUCGGAGCCAGCCUCCCGCUCUCGCAUCCCAUGGCCCGCCUCCUCGCGGCGCGAACCCUAACCCUAGCACGCCCCCCCGCGGCCGCGGCCGCUCCCUGCGCCCUCCGCUUUUGCCCCACCCGCGCGCUCUUCUCGGCCAAGGUGGAGUUCGUCGAGAUCGACCUCUCCGAGGAGUCCCCGUCCUCUUCCCCCGCCGGGGUAGGAAGCGCGGGGGACUCCACCACGGUGGAGGCACAGAUGGGGAUGCGGAGGCUGGAGGACGCCAUCCACGGGGUGCUGGUGCGGCGGGCGGCGCCCGACUGGCUCCCCUUCGUGCCGGGGGGAUCCUACUGGGUGCCGCCGAUGCCGCGGCCGCUCGGGGUGGCGGACCUCCUCGGCGCGGCGGUCUACACCGCCAGGGGCUCGGCGGUGAUGACGGAGGAGGAGGCGAUGUGCUUCACCACGCCACGCGGGUGGCCGUCCGCGGCGUACUUCGUGGAAGGAAAAUCUCCACAUCGGGUGAAGACAUCAAGGAAAGAUGCUACCCAAACUGAUGAUGAGGAAAGCUAAUACAAUUAUGCUACUCUACCUGGGGUUCAAUUUUUUUGUUGUGCAGGCCCCUACAGAAGCUGUGAAACUCCACUGUACAUAGACGGCUUGGAAGUUGGAACCCCAGCAACAUUGAAUCCCCCGUCCACCUCUUCGUUGGAAUAUGAUGUCUGCGCACCACCGCCAAGAUGCCAUGACUAUGAUCCUCUGUAUUUUGCAGAACCUGGUGUGUUAGCACCUGGAACAUUGUGGUGUGUAAUGUAAUAUUCUCAGAAGCUGCGGUGCAUGAUGCAAGUCUUUCGACCAUGUUUUCCCUUUUGAAUAAAAACGUGUGCUGGGCUGAACGCUUGUGGCACAUGAUAGCUCUCA